CGAUUCUAGAGUAUCCCAAGACCCGUAAGAAAUUGUGAAUUAAACCACAAAAAUCCCCUUUAAUCAUCGAUCAGGAAAAACUUGUAAUUGAGGCAGACAGAAAGGGCAAAAGCGCCACUUCAUUUUUUGCACCAGCUAUGAACAGUAAACCGAGCUAUGUAUAAUUUUUUAGACCUGCCUGGGCGCUUUCAUUUGGGAAGGAAGGAGAGGAAGAAUGAAGGAGAGGAGGAAUGUGAAUGCGAUGAGAUCGGCGGUGGUGGUGCUCGGAGCAUUGGCAUUUGGGUACCUAACUCUGCAGCUCGGAUUCAAGCCAUAUCUUGAAAGAGCCCAAAUUGCUGCUGACCAAUCUGAGCUUUCUUCUUCCUCGGAGCAACUACAACAAGAACAAGAAGAAGAACAACCCAACUCGAGCUCAACCCGCCAGUUCUAAUGGUGUACAUAUGGCCCUUGAUGAUGAUGAUGGGAUCAACUUAUUGAUAGUGGUUUCAAAAGCUUUGUAGAUAUAGUUUUCUUCUGUAAUAGGGGGUUGUGGGUCAGGGAACUUGAAUCUCAUGCAUUGAAUAAUUUGAAUUGCAGUUCUUGUGAUAUCCAAGUUUUAAAUGACAUUUGGUAAUGAUAUCUUAAGCUUAUAUUAAUGGCAGGGUGAACUUCACUUCUUUGAAGCUUUAGUGCCAUUUACAUGUUUCGAUAGUUCUUAUUGUCACCUAUUACUCUGCAAACUUGUUUGCUGCUUGUGGAUAAUGACAUCUAUGAAAUUCUGAUGUUAUGAUAUAGAUGACUGUCAUGAUUCCCAUUUGGUGCACAUUUUGUAGACUCACAUGUUGUUUAUUCCACUAUUGAUAGAUACCUAUGAAUAGUCUAAUGUACCACUGUUGAUGCUGAUCAGUGAUCACAUGUUCAAAACUUGAAACUAAUGUCUUUACUUCCUAUUUCAUAACUAUUCUGUAUUUCAAGUCUUUCAUUUGAAAACUUUUAGUUUAUAACAUAAUCACAUAGUUUCAACUUUCAGCCCUACUCCUUCGUAAUUGUGGCUGAACCAGGUCUCCAUCCUAGUUCAUUUACCCACACUACCAUGAAAUUUAAAGCUCUGAGUGGAAGUUCAUUUGCUCAUCCUAGUGUUUGCCAGCUGUUGUAGUGAUGUUCUUUUAACGAGCUAUUUAGAUAGACAAAUUUUUUGCAAUCAU